AUGAUUAUUGGAUUAGUAGCUUUAUUGGUAAAGGCAAUAAAUGAAGGAAAAUCUCGUGAUUUAUGUCAUUCAAUUCUGAGCAAUCAUUUAUCAUCGCACAACGUCACCAUUGAAGGAAUUUAUGCAUGGCUAUGUGAAAAUAAAAUAACAAAUUUAGAUCACGUAUUUUUAAUGGGGUAUUUGAAUUAUUCGGGAUUUGGUACAGCUUUAGAUUCUGGAAAAGCAUAUAACUAUUUUAAACAAGCAUCAUCAAGUCAUCCUAUUUCUCAAUAUUAUCUAGGAAAAUAUUAUGAAUAUGGAUUAGGUGUUACAAUUGAUAAACAAUUAGCAUUUGAAUUUUACAAUAAAAGUGCUAAACAGCAUCGAGGUAUAGUAGGUAAAUUUGCGUUAGGAUCUUGUUAUGAGAAAGGUGUUGGAACUGAAAAAAAUGAUGAUAUGGCCUUUUAUUGGUAUAAUGAUGCAGCGAAUAAUCAUCACGCAAUUGCACAAUAUCAUCUUGGAAAUUUUUAUCGACUAGGAAUUAUUGUUAAAGAUUAUAAUAAGGCCUUUGACUAUUAUAGUCGAAGUGCUAAAGGGGAAUGUUCUCUUGGCAUUCUUAUGUUGGGCUAUUGUUACUUAUAUGGAUUUGGGACAUCCAUUGAUAAAAGGAUGGCUUUUGAAUUAUAUUUAAAGGCCGCAAAUAUGAAAAACAAUGAUGCACAAUAUAAUGUUGCUGUUUGUUUUGAAGAUGGAAUAGGUACAAUAAAAGAUUCUGGAAACGCUAUGGAAUGGUAUAAAAAAUCUGCCGAAAAUAAUAAUUAUAGAGCUAAGCAAAUAUUGGAGAACUUAUCUGGGAUUUCACUUCUAGAAGUCGGAACACAAAUUGUAGAUACAAACCCAUUAACAAAGCAAAAAAUAAUAGAAAAGUGGAAGUUGAAUCAUGGUUUAAUCUUGGAUGGAUGUAGCAUACGACAAAGUGAACAAUCUGUUUUUAUCGUUGAUGGCGACAGAUUGUGCAUCGAUUUAUAUGAUGGAAGGCCUAUGGUUUUUACUAGUGUAAAUAAUCCCAAUAUUCCUACAAAUUUAUUCACCAUUAACAAAAUUAAUAAUGAUGAUAUUGAAAAAUUAAAGCCUUCGGACUUGUGCGUUAAUUUUCCGGUUGUUGAGAUUACUUAUAGAACUGAUCUAUCGGACUCUUUUAAAAACUUUACAGAUGAGGGAAAUUUGCAUGAUUUAUACGGUCAUGUUUUUGCAUAUAAAAUUUUAGUCGGUGGACAGAUAUUUAUCAAAGAUUUUAAUUUAGCUUCUUCGAUACAAAGGGAUAUUUUAAAACUUUAUUUAAUUUGGGCUUAUAAUUCAGUUAAAGGUGAUGAAACCUCCACAUUCAAUAAUAAUUCUUUUGGAUUGAACUUUUUACCGAGAAUAGAAACAUCAAAUGGUUUAAAUUUAGAUACUCCUAAAAAAUUGGCUAAUUGGUUAAACAGUUUAUAUCAAGAAAAUAUUAUAGAUAUUAUUUCUUAUGAUAAACUUGUUUCAAUCACCCAGUUAAAAAAAGGAAUGUUAGAUGAAAAUCACGAGAAUUUUGAGGAAAGAUGUUCCGGAAUCGCCAAUUUUGAAAAAAAGUUGAGUUUGGAAAAGUGGAUCGGAAAGAUUGGUAAUACUGAAUAUGUUGACAUUAUAAGAUGGAUCAAAGAUUUUCAUAUAUUUCAAGGUCUUAUAAUUCAAUCGGAUAAAGUAGAGAGUAGCAAGAAAAAUGCUAUGAAUAUUGUUCAAGUUCCUCAAGUGAAUUCGAUUGGCAACUUUUAUUUUGAAAUGAUAAAUCCAACGACAAAAUUUGAAGAAUGUCUAAUAACAAAUAAGAUUUUCACAAUUAAAAAUACUGAACCUUUUCCGUUUAUCAAAAUUGAUGAUAACGAAGCAGAUUACGUGGAUUAUUUUAUUCAUUUCAUAGUCAAGUGUGAAUUAUAUGAAAUUAUUAUUAAUAAGCAUCAUAUAGAACCUUCAUUAGAAUUUCGUAAUGCCAUAGAUAAAGCGCUGGAUGAAAUGAAACCAUUUAAUGCUUUACAAAAUGUAUAUAAUGAAUAUGGGAAUUUCUUUCCACUAAGAAUAGUCUUGGGAAAAUCUCUCAAAAAUAUAAUCAUCACCACCUAUUUUGAAACUUUUCAAAAGAUUAAUUUAAAAUUACCAAUAAAAGAAUCUUUAGAUCCAUAUUUGAAGAAGUUCAAUCUUUCGCAUUUCAUAACACAAACAGGAAAUAUUCUUGAAGAAGAUGAGUUACAUAAUUGGAUUAGUAAUGUCAAAAAUAAUGAUUUGGAAAUAGUAGAAUAUGAUAAAUUAAUAUCUUUGUAUGAUAUUCUUGGGCCAGAACAAAAGAAGAAAAUUGAUAUAGUGACAAAUAAUAAUAAUCAAGAAAAUUUAAAAAUUUUAAUGACUGGAAUCACUGAUUUGAAGGAUUUAAAUAACAAUAACACAGAGAAUUACAAACGUAUAUUCAUAGAACCAUCAUUGGAGAAUGAAAGCUAUGAAGUAUAUGGAUCAGUUGUUAAGAAAGACAUAAAAGUUAAAGAUUAUUUUGUAAAAUUUGGAUUCUAUGAUGUUAAUGGAUUUUCUGCGAUGAUAAGCCCUAUAGAGAAACCAAGUAUUGAUAUUAAUAAGUGUUCUGUUUUAUGGAUGAUAGUCGGAAAUCCUUUAAAAUUAUCUGUUUUUAGCCCAAAUAAUCGAGAAAUUCAAGUAGACCGUAUCAAAAAGUCUAUUACUUUGCAACCAAACAAAUCAAUAUAUGGUAUCGAAACUCAAUUUCCUUUAUCCCAUGGAUAUAAUAUACUUAUUGGCACACAUUUUUCAUCAACAAAUUAUAAUAUUAAACUAGUCGAUUGGUCAUAUAAUUGUAUUAAUUUCAAUAUAAUUAAAACAACUGAGAAUGAACCAAACUUGGAAGGUACCGAUAUAAUUUCUGAUGGUGAUACCGACUCUUAUGAGGAGGAAAAUGAUAAUCACGGGAAAGACGACAACGAAACGAUUAUUAACAUAAUAGACUUAGACUUAUAUGUCUGUAUAUUACGUUCAGAUUAUGGAAGUUCAAUAAAGGUUGAUCAUGGAGGAACGAAAUAUCCUUUAGACUUAUUUGGAUAUACGUUAACUGAAGAAAAUUUGAAAUACAAACCGUAUCAUGCUUUUAAUAAGCUGAUUGACAUUCAAAGUUUCCUUGAUCUUACUGAUUUAAAAAUGUGUAUUUUAGGAAUAACGGAAAUAAAAGCAGAAGAUCAAGAAGAAAUUGCCAAGGCCGCUGUCCCAAUUACAAAAUUUUAUCUUUUGAUCUCAGAAAUUGGAACUGCUUUUGACGAAAUCAUUGACAUUGAAACAGUUGCCGAACAUAAUAAACGAACUUGUGCUGCAUUAUUACGAGUAAUUUAUAAAGUAUAUAUGGCGGCUCUCGAUCUCAAAGUCUCAAAACUUAAUCAAGAAUUUUUUAAUAAAAAAAAUUAUUUGGGUCUGCAAAUUUUAGUCAAUGUAAUAAUACCAAUUAAAAAUUUCGCUAGAGAAAUUUCUCAAAUGAAAACUUUAAUAAAGUAUAUUCAAGCAGGCAAUAUUGAGAAAAGUUUUAAUGAGCUUUGUUCAGAUCUCAAUGAAUGUAUCAAUUCAUUAAAAUUCAUUAAAAAUAAAAUUCAUGUUGAAGAAGUAAUUAAACAAUUCAAAACCGAUCAAGUUGAUUUAAAUAAAUAUCUGGAAGAAAUGAAAAUUGAAGAUAAAGAAAAUGGUGAUGUCAAGAAAAUUAGAGAAGAAGUUUCUUCAAUGGUGGUAAAAGUCAAUGUAAUGAAUCAUACAAUGGAAAGAUUAACGAGCGUCCAUGUUGUUACCUCCGAACAGGAUCAAAUGAGAAUCGAUCAAAUUUUCCGGGUUCAUAAGCUAAAUUUAUCGAAUUAUAAAGAAACAAAUGAUAAUUAUAAACCACGGCAGGGUGUUACUAAAUGGGUUGAUGUUAAAGGUCAAGAAUUUGCAUUCAAGAAUAUUUCUAAUGCAAAAGAUGACAAAUUACGUAUACAAAAUCAAGUUACAAUUCUUAAAGAAUUUCAAAAUUACCAAUAUAUUAUUAAAAUAUUUGGACUGGUCAAUCAUGCGAAUGCAUUUUAUUUGGUAACAGAAUGGGCUGAAUUUGGAAAUUUACGCGAAUUUUAUACUUACCGUAAAGAUCGAUUUGAUUCGGAAUUAAAAUCACGAAUAUCCCUUGAUAUUGCUCGUGGGUUAAAUUUCCUAAGAUCCGCAGAGAUCGUGCAUCGUGACGUUAGAUCCAAGAAUAUUUUAAUAACAUUGGAUGAGAAAGCGAAACUUGCAAAUUUUAAAUUAAGUCGUUCUUCAGGUGAUGAUACAUUAAAUCAUGGUGUAAAUUUAGAACGUGUUCGUUAUUGUGCUCCUGAGUUGUUGGAUAGGACCCCGGAUGUUAAAUAUGAUCAUAAGUGUGAAGUUUAUAGUUUUGGAAUCUUACUUUGGGAAAUCGCUGAAACGAGAAUUCCGUAUGAACAAUAUAAUGAUAUUCUAGUUAUAUCCGAACUUAUAAAGAAACAAAAAUAUCGCGAGCCGUUUUCUGAAAAUAACGGAAUCCCUGAAGAAUUCAAAAAAUUAGUCCAUAAUGCUGUUAAUCCCGAACCAAAUUUCAGACCAAAACUUGCUGAUAUGGUUAAAGUACUUGGAAAUUGUUUUAAAGGACAUCAGGAUAUUUCUUUAUUAAAUUCUUUUAAUUCAUAUCCUUCAACAAACCAAAAUUUGAAAUUAACAAAGCCAAAACGAUCUUUCGGUAUCGAUCAAGAUGAUAAAUUGCCAGAUUUUGGUUCAUUCGGUUACAUGACACUUUCCGAAGCAGAAAUACAACAUAAAUCAAAGGGAGAUAUAGUUGCAGCAUAUAAAUGUUUCGAAGCAUAUUCAAAAUUAGAUCAAAUCAAGGCCAAAUAUUGGAAGGCAUAUUACAUUUCAAAAAGAUACGAUGGAUCGCAUCUUAGUCCUAAGGAUAGAGACAAGAUUGCUGCAGGUUUAUUUAAAGAAGUCGCUGAUGAUGAUGAAGCAAAUGAAAUACCAGAAGCGAAAUUAAGAUAUGGAGAUUGUCUAUAUCAUGGCAAAGGUGUUCAAAAGAAUCUUCCAGAAGCUCUCGAAUAUUUUGUAAAGGCAGCAGAUAAUGGCCUUAAGGUAGCAAUGUUUAAUGCAGGACAUUUGUAUUAUGUUGGCAUUGCUGGAAAAAAAGAUCAACAAAAGGCUAUUCAUUACAUGAAAUUGGCUGUUUAUCAUGAAUAUGAACCUGCUAUUAAAUUUUGUAGGGUAAAUAACAUUGUACUUUAA